UUUCAUCUUCGCCAGAGCCUCUUUGUGCAGCGAGAGGAAGUCUGCACUGGCCAAAGCUGCUCACCAGAAGAGGAGCUGGGAAUGGCUGUCCCAACUGUUGUGACGAUCCAGCCUCAGUACGUGUCCUCUGUCUCAAGAUGCACGUGGCAAACAGGCCUGAUGGACUGCUGCUCUGACUGUGGUGUCUGCUGCUGUGGGAUGUUCUGCUUCCCCUGCCUGGCGUGCCAAGUGGCUGGGGACAUGAACGAGUGCUGCCUGUGUGGGACCAGCGUGGCCAUGAGGACCCUGUACCGCACCAGAUACAACAUCCCGGGGUCCAUUUGCUCUGACUACUGUGUCACCCUGUGGUGCACCGUGUGCUCUGUUUGCCAAAUGAAGAGAGACAUCAACCGCAGGAGGGAGCUUGGCAUAUUCUGAUGCUGCCAUCCUCGCUGCGUUCUUGGAGCUGCUGCAAGCAGGAGCCGCCGAUGCUUUGACUUGCUGGGAAAUGCACCAUGUGGAGCUUGCCUUGAUUGCAUUUGAUUUUCCGUACUUAACUGCAGAAAUAAAGUUUUGAGUUUGUCUUCCUA